UUCACUCGCCGCACACUUUCUUCACACAAAUCAAGCAUUCAAAGCCUAGACUUCGCGCGCAAGUGAGCUCUACCAAUUAAUACUAUGGCAGAUAUCCCGGCCGGGGACGACGCCAUGAGUAGUCUCUUCCGUCCGCCGGUGAUCCGCUCUGCUUUGGGCGUACUUGACAAGUCGCUUUUUUCCAAGACCAUCAACCUGGCUGCCGCUGCGGUUGCCGAUAAGAGGAAUAUUGCGGCUUGGCGCCAGAAGUUGUUGAAAGAAAAUAGUCUUCUGGGCCUUGAGAGGAUACAAGGCGUUGUGUCUCAUCCGGAUCAAACUCUCGCAUCUCAAGGAACAAAGUGUCUACUUUUAAACCCAAAUAUCAAGGCUCAAGAACCUGAAACAUGGACUCCUACCCUCCAAGAAGGUGUGGCUAGUAAGGAAAUAGGGGUAGUCCCGUACGACUUAUUGCUAGACUAUGAUUAUUGGUCUUACGAGGAUGUGAUGAGGUCUCUGCUUCCCUCUGACUUACGAGACGAGCACGAUGGUAUUCCCCAGGGCUUCAACCAAGCAGGACAUGUCGCGCAUAUGAAUCUGAGAGAAAGGUAUCUGCCCUAUAAAAAACUGAUCGCCCAGGUCAUUGUCGAUAAGAACCUGUCGGUCAAGACGGUAAUUAACAAGGUCGCCAACGUGGGGACUGAAUCCGAAUUUCGGACCUUCGCAUACGAAGUCCUUGCCGGGCCUGAUGACCUUAACGUUGAGGCGCGGGAGAACGAUUGCAUCUUCCGGUUCGACUACUCUAAAGUCUAUUGGAACAGUAAACUAGAAGGCGAGCACAGGCGGUUAAUCAACCUCUUCCAACCCGGAGAGGUAGUUUGCGAUGUGAUGGCCGGUAUUGGCCCAUUUGCGGUACCGGCUGGUAAGAAAGGCGUUUUUGUCUGGGCGAACGACUAUAACCCAGAGAGUUAUCGUUACCUUGAUGAAAAUAUCAAACGAAACAAGGUCCGGCAAUAUGUGCGUCCAUUUAAUCAAGACGGUCGAACUUUCAUUAGGGAAGCCGCCGAUUUGGUGUAUGCAGCAUCCACAAAUGGUGAACAUGCUGUCUCGGGACCGAAUAGGAGAGAGCAGCGUAGUCGGCAUCCAGAUUCGAAACCCACCGGCAAGUCAACGUCAAUCCCGGGAUCAAAACGCAUCCCCAUCCCUUCAACUAUCUCUCAUUUCAUCAUGAAUCUCCCAGCAUCUGCUAUUACCUUUUUAUCGCACUUCCGCGGUCUGUAUGCUGGCCGAGAGCAGCUUUUCGCUCCUCAUACAGGUACAAGGUUGCCCAUGGUCCACGUCCAUUGUUUCGCGCCCAAGGCAGAUGAUGAUACUCCCUUCACAGACAUAUGUGAGCGCAUUUCGACAGAGAUCGGCAUCAAGAUGAAAUUUGGAGAAGCCGAAAACGCCUAUGAAGUGUCCAUCCUGGAGGUUAGAAAUGUUGCGCCCAACAAACGCAUGUUCUGCGCCUCCUUCAGAGUCCCCCCUGAAGUGGCGUUCGCCGACCGACCCUAAUCAAGAGCGCGCCGGCUAUCAAUCAGCGCAGUACAAUAGACAACCGCUCAAGCGGCUUACCACUUUGGGCAUUCGAA